AUGGUGACGCACCCGGCGCUGCUCCUCCAGCGUCUCCUCCCACUCGCGCAGCACACUCCGCCCAGUCGCUCCGCUCACGGCGAGCCGUACGCCGCCGCCUCCCCCCACCCCUCACGCCGCCGGCUCCCAGACGAUGGUGCCCUCUCCCUCCCGCGCGUCGUUUUUGCCUCUUCUUACUCAUGCACGUCUCCGCCACCCCUCUUCCUCACGCAUCCUCGUCUCUCCCACGCUCUCCAACAAGAUCGAGUUAAAAAUGCGAUUUUCCUCGUCCACCGGCCGGAUCUUCAGUUGAUCUGUCGAGCCAGGGUUAACGUGGAUCUUCAGUGGUGGUGGUGGAGGUGCGGAGCUCCAGUGGUAGCGCGAGACCUCCCAGAUCUCGACGAAGGCGCAGAGGCCGGCGCUGUGCUUCAACACCCUCACCUUCCUCGGCGUCAUUGUCCUCAUCGUCCCCGCGUUCCGCGUCGUCAAGGCCAGCCCACCCACUGUUUGAGAUGGUACUGGAGCUCUCCCUUUCUCGCCCCAAUCCCCUCGCCAAGUUCGUCUUUGGGUUGGGCUUGCCUCAGAUUUAUCGGCAAAUCAACACAUGGUCGGCGCCGCUCUCCCUCAACACAAGAUAUCCUGUUCCUCUGCACUUGGUUAGGGCCUGUGAUAUUCAUGGACUAUGGCGGCACGAUGCCUCAACUGCAGGAGAAUCACUUGCUGCAACUUGCAACUGAAUUUUAUGUCAUGCGAAGGGAUGCUUUUAUGUCAUGCUUAUGUGCAAUUGAAUUACUUGCAGCAACUUGCUUGCAUUGGUUGCACUGUUUGCUUGCAGCAACAACAAUUGAAUUACUCCUGCUCAUAUCUGCUUGCUAGCAGUGCUUGCUUGUGAGUAGGAUUGACUGAGUAAACAACAUUCAAUCAAUUAUUGGAGUAUCUGUGAAUAUUUCUGUCAACAUUCAGUCAAUUUUUGGAGUAUCUGUAAAUUACUUCAUCUCUUAUGCAGCUAAACUGAGUAGCUGACAGAGUGACCAAGUUAAACCUGGUGAAUCCGAGCCUGGCAAUCCGAACCUGGUGAUUUUGAUACAGUGCUUUAAACUGAAAGAAACUAAUGAAUUGUUUGUGCUUUUUAUUCCGCUCAAGUUGGAUUUGGGGACUGUAUAUGGAAUCUCUCCAUCAUUAUACAAUCUGAAUAAUUUCAGUACAACA